GAUCAAUUGUCAUACGGCCAUCUCUCGAAUCUCUAUCCCAUCAACUUGGACGCUCGCUUGGAGUGGUCCUCGAGCCUUGUAAUCGCAGUCACUAGUCAAUGGAUAAGGAAAGAGACAACUUAUGGACUCGCCGCUCGAACAAGCUCUCGCUGAGCACUUCCCACACCGCUGGCCAUGAUAAGAAUGACCCCUUCUCCCGACCCUACAACAAACGAUACGACUCCCAUGGCCGCUCAAAUCCCUUCAACGCCGUCUCUCCUCUCCCCACGAGCUCUAUUGCCACUCCAACAUCUGCCUCCAACGCAUUUGGUUUAGGGUCGGGAGCAUUCGCAUCCUUUGGGUCGGCCGCGAAGACACCAAAGACACCCGGAACCGCUUUCGACUUCGAGAAAGCGGCAGCAUCCGGGGACAUGGCCACGGCGCCUGGGGAGAAGAAAGAAUCGAGAUCCACCUCGAAGCCACCUGGAAUGCCCGCAAAACCAUCCCGCCCGAGCUCUAUCCCUGAAGGAAAAGCCGUUACGUCUAGUGGAGUGCGAGACCCUUCGGUGCCGUGGCCGUUACGGUAUACAUGGGUAAUCUGGUACCGACCCCCCACAUCCAAGAACUCCGACUACGAGAAGUCGAUAAAGCCCGUCUGCAAAAUAUCUACCGCGCAAGAUUUCUGGAAAGUUUACACACACCUCAAACGGCCGUCGGAACUUCCAACGGUGUCGGACUACCAUUUCUUCAAGGAAGGGAUCCGACCGGUCUGGGAAGACGAAGAGAACAAGAAAGGCGGCAAGUGGAUUCUUCGUUUGAAGAAGGGAGUUGCGGAUCGAUACUGGGAGGAUCUUCUGCUUGCUAUAAUUGGGAACCAGUUCGCUGAAGCUGGGGAAGAGGUGUGUGGAGCGGUCCUGAGCGUCCGGAGUGGCGAGGAUGUUUUCAGUAUCUGGACGAAGAACGAUGGUGGCAGAAAUGUCAAGAUUCGGGAAACUGUGAAAAGAUGCCUUGGGCUUCCGGCAGAUACUAUCAUCAUCUGGAAGAGUCACGAUGAUAGCAUUGCACAGCGAAGUGCGAUUGAUCAAGCACGACAUGAGAAAUCCAGCCACCACCACGAGAAACGGCGCCCGACCUUGACAAGUGAGGAGAGCACUCCGGCGAAAGACCGUUCGAGUGGUUCAUGAACGAAUUUCACCGUUUUAAUUUUCACUCUUGGACUGCAUUGCGACGGUAUUUGGUUCACGAGCGCCUUCUGUUGCUGGGGAAAAUCUUGCUUUGCUUAUUGUAUUCCUGGAUGCCAUCACUCUUGGUUGGAUGAACGACUAUUGUC